AUGCUCAAAACACGCGUCUAGAGGUCAAAACAAACCCUUAAGGCUGAGGCACGGUACCCCUGACGGGACCUAGUACCGCCCCCACGGUAGAGCCUACCGUUACUACGGUACCAGGAUGCCGUUUGGACGCAGAUACCGCCAGAGGGAAUUGGGUUUUCGACGUUACACGGUAGCUGGACACGACCCUUCCAUUGCUGCUGUUGUUGCCGGAAAAACCUUCGGAUUCAACACCCAAAACCUUUCCGAGUGGUUCCACCUAGAGCGUCAAGGAGUCUCCUCUUAUUGUAAAAAGGGGUGGAUUUCUGACUCACAAGACUUCAACGCGGAUUUUUGCCUACGUGUUCUCAACAAUAUUGCUCUUGACCAUGUCUUUGAGGACCCGGACUAUUUCCUUCGUCAGCCCAACGUCCAAGACUUGACUGUAAAUCAUUUCAUUCUUCUCAAAAUCCUCAAGGAAAAUGUCAUCCCCGUCCUUAACAAAGAUAAACAAGUUGGGAUUUAUGAGUGUACUCUUCUUUACCUCCUCCUCACUCACAAGAAACUCAAUCUCCCAUCCAUCAUCAUCCAACACAUGUACGAGAGCUCGGGUCGCCAAAACAAACCCUAUGGCAUGCUUCUUACCCACAUCUUUGCCAAGAGGGAAAUUCUUGAAGUGCGCCCGUCCCGCGUCCGCUAUCUUGAUGCGGAGUGCCUUGGGUAUUGUGGCCUCGUAAAGAUCGGAGAGGAAUACUACAUGAAGAAGGAAUUCCAAAAGCUUGAUGCGGCGACAUGAGCGGAGUAUGGCCCUCGACGAUCUAUGUCAUCCUUGCCUUCCACUUCUCAAGCACCCGAAGCCGAAGCCGAAGACAAUACCAACACGGAGAUCCCCGUUCGUGCUCCCCGGGUCAAACGCUCAAAGUUGGCGUCUCAUGCUUCCUCAGCCUCUCUCUUGCAUCUUCACUCCCAAAUGGCCUCCACUUCUAAAAAUCCUUUCAAGAAGUUCAAGAAAUUCAUCCUCAAGAC